GAGCUGUCCAUGGGGAUGAGGUGUGGGGGUCAGGGGCCGCUGUGGGGGUCCCAGCACAGCCCCUGGUGCCGCAGGCCCGGAACGAGCCCGACGUGUACGAGACCAGUGACCUGCCCGAGGAUGACCAGGCCGAGUUCGAGGCGGUGGUGGCAGUCUGGGGACGCCGUGUCCCUGUCCCUGACGUGGCUCCGUGUGCAGGAGGAGCUGAGCAGCACCAGCGUGGAGCACCUGAUCAUCAACCCCAACGCUGCCUACGAGAAGUUCCGGGACAAGCGCCUGGGCACGGAGGGUGUGGAUUUCUCUGACCGCAUCGGCCGCACGCGGACAACGGGUUACGAGGCUGGGGAGUAUGAGAUGCUGGGUGAGGGUCUUGGUGCCAAGGAGACGCCGCAGCAGCGAUUCCAGAGGUUGCAGCACGAGGUGCAGGAGCUGCUCCGAGACGUGGAGCAGAUCCAGAGCUCAGUGAAGGAGUCGGGGGCUGAGGAGGAGCUGACGCCCAUGGCCCUGGCCAGGCAGGUGGAGGUGCUGAAGCAGCAGCUGCUCAGCUCCCACCUGGAGAAGGUUCUGGGCCCUGGUGCUGCCGUCGACUUUGCUGAUCCCGAGGGUGCCCUGGCCAAGCGGCUGCUGCAGCAGCUGGAGGUGGCCAAGUGCAGCAAAGCCACGGCGGGGAAGGGCCCCGCGCGGGCCGCCCCCCCUGCCGGCGAUGCUGUCACCUUCGAGCUCUACUGGAGGCCGGAGCAGGACCAGUUUGCCCAGUCUGCCAAGGUGUCGGAGCUGGAGAAGCGUCUGGCACAGCUGGAGGCGGCCAUGAGGUGUGAGCCCGACAGCCAGAACCCACUGCUGGUGGGGCUGAAGGGCUCCAGUCUCAUGGACACGGUGCAGGUGCUGCAGGCCAAGGUGAACGUUCUGGACGUGGCUGUGCUGGACCAGGUGGAGGCUCGGCUGCAGAGCGUCCUGGGGAAGGUGAACGAGAUCGCCAAGCACAAGGCCACGGUGCAGGACGCUGACACCCAGAGCAAGAUCCACCAGCUGUACGAGACGCUGCAGAGCUGGGACGCCGUGGCCAGCGCCCUGCCCGACGUGGUGCAGCGCUUGGUGACCCUGAGGGACCUGCACGAGCAAGCCACCCAGUUCGGGCAGGUGCUGGUGCACCUGGACACGACGCAGCAGGAGAUCGCAGGAGCUCUCAAGGACAACGCGGUGCUGUUGGCUGAGGUGCAGAAGACCAUGAAGGACAACCUGGCCAUCGUCGAGGACAACUUUGCCGACAUCGACGCCCGCAUCAAGCGGCUGCAGAAGUGAAAGGCCCCAGAACACCCCCGGGGCUCCCCUGAGGACAUUCCCGUGCCCCCCCAGGACCCCCUGGGCCCUGUGACCCCCCACAGGUCCCAGCUGCUGCUUGUAAAUACCCUGGCUCGGCCCCCCGUCCUGUGUCCCUGUCCCCACGGGGGUCCUGCCUGUCCCCCGCUCCCUCCCCAGCUGUGGGUGUCUGGUCCCCCCGUACCCCAAUAAACAGCUCGGCUCCCGG